AUGUUUGCUACAGCUUGUGGCUACUUCCUAGUCUUUGUCAUCCACCACAUUGUGGCUGCAUUGCCUUAUCUGAUCUUCACUACGCACGCUGGCUGCGGUAUGGACCUGUAUCUCUUGCAACUCUUCCUCAUGGUCGAGUUCGCCGUUAUCCCGCUCAACAUCACCACCUUCAUGGAGCAGCUGGGCUACGGCAAGACCAAGACCCACGAGUUCUUCUUCUACACGACGUACGUGUUUUGGUUCGUGGCGCGUGUACUGCUGCCUCUGUACAACGUCUACGUGCUCUGGACCAAAAUCAUUCCAGGCGCUGGAGCUGCACCUUUGUGCACUGUGCCGGCAGCUUUCUGCGGCCACAUCAUCGCCGCAUUCUGCAUCGGUGUAUUCAUCUUUGUGUGGACUCCUGACGUCUUGGCCAAGUGGCGAGUGCCCGUGCUGCAGAUGGACGAAUACCCGGACUACAAGCUGACAAUGCGCCAGUCGAUGACGCCUCGCUCGAAUCCGAUCUUUACGCCGACUGACGGGACUGAUAAGUGGGGCGCGAACUAUGGUUCCGUGUCAGGCAGUACUCGAGAUCCUCAAUGGACUCCCAAGUCGAUCGUGUAA